ACACCUGCACGCGAUACCCAGCGGCAGUGCGGCCACCAUGGCGUCUCCUUUCAGCGGGGUGUUACAGCUGACAGACCUGGAUGACUUCAUCGGGCCCUCUCAGGAUUGCAUCAAGCCCAUGAAGGUGGAUAAGAGGCCAGGAAGCACUGUGGCCAAGAUUCAGAUUGAAGAUGAUGGGAGUUACUUCCAAAUUGAUCAAGACGGUGGGACCAGGAGGCUUGAGAAGGCCAAGGUCUCGCUGAAUGACUGCCUGGCAUGCAGUGGCUGUGUCACCUCAGCAGAGACCGUACUCAUCACCCAGCAGAGCCACGAGGAGCUGCGGAAAGUUCUAGAUGCCAAUAAGACAGUGCCACCGGAUCAGCAGCGGCUGGUUGUCCUUUCAGUCUCACCCCAGUCCAGGGCAUCACUGGCUGCACGGUUCCAGCUAAGUCCUACAGACACUGCCAGGAAACUGACUUCAUUCUUUAAAAAAAUAGGGGCACACUUCGUCUUUGAUACCACCUUCUCCAGAAACUUCAGCCUGCUUGAGAGCCAGCGAGAAUUCGUGCAGCGAUUCCGAGGACAGACUGACUCCGGAAAGGCCUUGCCUGUGCUGGCUUCUGCCUGUCCAGGUUGGAUCUGCUAUGCUGAGAAGACCCACGGCAGCUUCCUCCUCCCCUACAUCAGCACAGCCCGGUCCCCACAGCAGGUCAUGGGCUCCCUGAUCAAGGACUUCUUUGCCAAGCAGCAGAACCUGACCCCUGACAGGAUCUACCACAUCACGGUGAUGCCCUGCUAUGACAAAAAGCUAGAAGCUGCCAGAUCCGACUUCUUCAACCAGGAGUACCAUACUCGUGAUGUUGACUGUGUCCUCACAACAGGGGAAGUCUUCAGGCUGCUGGAGGAGGAGCAGGUGUCACUGGCAGAACUGGAGCCAGCCCCUCUGGACAGCCUGAUCGGCAGCAUAUCUGCAGAGGAGCUCACCAGCCAUCGGGGUGGGGGCUCAGGAGGCUACCUGGAACAUGUGUUCCGGCAUGCAGCCCAAGAGCUCUUCGGAAUCCAUGUGGCUGAGGUCACCUACAGACCCCUGAGGAAUAAGGACUUCCAGGAGGUGACCCUGGAGAGGGAGGGACAGGUGCUGCUGCACUUCGCUGUGGCCUAUGGCUUCCGGAAUAUCCAGAACCUGGUACAGAAGCUCAAGCGGGGCCGCUGCCCCUAUCACUAUGUGGAGGUCAUGGCCUGCCCUUCAGGCUGCCUGAACGGUGGAGGUCAGCUCAAGGCCCACGAUGUACCAGGCAGGGAGCUUCUACAGCAGGUGGAGAGACUGUACAGCAUGAUCAGGGUAGAGGCACCUGAGGAUGCCCCUGGGGUCCGGGAGCUGUACCAACACUGGCUGCAGGGUGAGGGCUCAGAGAGGGCUAGCUCUCUGCUGCAUACACAGUACCAUGCUGUAGAGAAGGCCAGCUCGGGCCUCAGUAUCCGGUGGUAGGAGGCUGGGGGCCUGCUGGAGCUCACAGGACCAGCACUAGGAGUCCCACAAAGGCCAAGCAGAGCGUAGACACCAGGGCUCUCCCCAGACUUUGAGAUGGGCCCUAGGGACUGAAACAGGACACUGGCUAUGUCCAGGACCCAGCCAGUGCUGACCUGCAUGCCUCCAGACUCUGCCCUGGCCUUGCCAGGUGGGGGUGAAGUGGCCGAGGAGGCCGAACGUCCUCUAGAGUCCUGGAGACUCAGCCAGGUCUGUGAGCGCCAUCCUUCCCCUUCCUGACUGUGGGUGACAGGGCUGACCUGCUGAGUAGGUCCAACAACAGCCCUGCAGAGGGACUGCCUGGCAGGAGGGGGAGCCUGGGGCCCUG